UCCAAUGUCAUCAUUGGCGACAGUGAUGGCUACUAGAAGGCCUAAAUGGCAGUACCCACAACCGGCGCCGCCGACUCCGAGGAUUCUCCACUUUCCAAGGAGGCCAAGGAUGCGGCGGCGGCCGUCCAAGAGUUUACCAACAAAACCCACUUCAGAUGGGAGAGGGAAGCUCGAGGCGUUGUUUGGUCAGGAACGGGAGUUUUUGAAGGAGGGUUUUCCGGUUGUUUUGAUGGAUGGUGAGAGAGAGAGGGGAGGUUAUGGGGUAGGUGCUGCGGCCGCGGAAGAGAAGUGGCGGUUUCAGGCGGAAAUGUUGAGGGCGGAGUGUAAUCUGUUGAGGAUGGAAAGAGAGAUUACUAACAAGAAAUUGGAGAAGAUGAAGAGUCGAAUGGAAAGGACUCUGAAAUCGGCUGUUCAAGCUCUUGUUUCUGGGAGAAACAAGAUAUAUGAAGGCAAGGACACGAAGAUGGUAUUGGAGGAUGAGAUCAACCAUUUGGCUCAGAAACUCGAGAGGUUGCGAAGAGGAUCGAGAGAUAAACAAAUAGAACUUAAGAAGAGUAGUAAUUUUGACAAACAAGCGUCAUUGCUACAGAAAAAGCUUGAGAAAAUUGGAGAGGAUACUGAUGAACUGAAAGUUAUAGAAACGAAGAAGACUUGUAGAGAUCAAGAAAGCUUCAUAUCAAAUGGCAAAUUCAAUAAUGUUCAGGUGGAUGUUUUGAAGAGAAAAAUGGAGGAUCUGUCUAAGGGAACUUUGUUAGAGAGAAUGAGGGAGGAAUGUAGGUCUAUGCUUUCCACUCCAGCCACCAGCUCCGUCCGCACCGCCACUCUAGCGAAUCUGGACUCAACAUUACAAGAACAAAAUCAAUGCUCAGGGCAUUGCAAGGCGAUUAUUCGAAGAAUCACAGAGCAAGUUAAAGCUGAAAAAGAUCAAUGGUCACAAAUGCAAGAGAUGUUGAAUCAAGUAAGGGAAGAAAUGGAAGAAUUACAGGUUUCUCGUGAGUUUUGGAAAGAUCAAGCCCUAGAAUCCGAAUCACAAAUCCAAUCUCUUCAAUCCUCCGUUGAAGAAUGGAAAGAGAAGGCAAUGGCGCAUGAAAGCAAAGUGAAGAAGAAGGGACAAGGUUCAGUUUCACCACCAGAUGAAAUGGAGAAGCAUGUGUUGAUUUGCCGAGUGAAGGAGAAGAAGAAUCAUAAUCUAGUUCUCCAUGCAAGGGAUGUUCGAAGCAGACGGAGAGAGAUCUCCAUUGAUGAAUUACAACAAGAACAACAACAACAACAACAAAAACUUCAUACGCAAAUCAAAACGAUUGAGAAAAUUCAGCGAUUACCUUUUCGAGAAAUCGGGAACCAUCUUCAUAAGUGAAUUUGAAGUGUUCUUCUUUUACUUUUUUUGGAUGCAUUUUGGUUUGUUUGUUUUCCCGAAUUUGUAAAUAUACGUUGAUGAGGCUGU